UUUUGAAUGUUUACAAACCGUUCACCGUAACCGCUCCAAGCGGUCAAACUUUUCACCUGGAACCAUCACUUCAAGGAAACCAUGGAGUGUAAAGAGAAGUCACCAUCCUAUUUUCCUCAGUGCUCAGCUGGAUCAGCAAUGGGUAGGAGAAAUGCUGAGGUGAAAAGUUUGGAGCCCAGCAGCGACAUGCUUGAGUUGACAGUGGAGGUAAAAACAUCCAAACCCAUCGAGCUUUCUUCGUGCUUUUGUGAGGACAGUGAAGCCUGCAUGUGCAAAAAUGGCCUUUUUGACUCACUCUGUCUUUCACCAGCGACUGCUGCAGCACAAACACAGAUGCCAAGCACAAAGCCCAAGGCCAGGACGCUGGUAGCAUGCAGACAGCUGACUGAUGGGAACGAGGCGGCCUCUCUCAAGGACCAAUCUCCUCUGUCGUUAUUAACCCUCACAGGGACUGUAAGUCUGGCUGGCGCUGACCCCAAAAAGACCUCUUUGCUUCAAACCUCCAUCACUGGAAAAGCUUCAGUAUCAGCUGCUGAACAGCAUGAAGCCCAGAGCAGAAGGUCCUCUAACAUCUCCAGAGAGGGAAACAAAAGUCAGUAUUACAGAGACCUACGCCAGCAGGUAGAGGAGAGGAAACAACAGAUGGAAAGGGAGAGAAGUAGAAACGCUGUUGACGAGCAAAAGCACAUGGAGACGAUGCUGCACUCCGUCUGGGGGAUGCCAGGAAGUGGCGCCCCAAACUUCCACCUGGGAACGGUGAAACGGACCAACAGCCUCUGCACCGCUGGGAUUUUACCCCAGGAGCAGAUCCGUGAUAAAGGCUUCAGCGGGACCCCCUUCCACCGCCUGCGAAAUGAAGACCAUAACAUCCCCAAACUGAGACCGCCGGGAGCUGCGGGGCAGCAAGGCAAAUAGCAUUCUCUGACUCUUUUCUUUGAGUUAUGUUAGUUUUGCAGCCGUCGAGAUAUUUGGGCUUUUUCAGCAGCAAAUUCUGAUGGUGGCAAAAGAAAUACAGUACCUCAAUAAACUUAGACAGAGAGAACAAAAACAGGAAGAGUAUGAACUCAACUCUCAAUUCAACUCAACUUUAUUUGUAAAGCACUUGAAAAACAACCACAGCCGCAACAAAGUGCUGUACAUAAACAAGCAAACAAGAAACAAUAAAAUAAAUAAAACAGGAAUACACACUAAAAUAAAUAGUUGCAUUGCUUUAAAAAAAACAAUUUAAAAAACAACUCAAGAACUCUAAACAAGUGAGCCUCCUCUUUAUGACUGCAUGUGUUGCUACAUGAACAGGUGCCUGCAACAGCAACACUUGGCAAACCAAGAGUGUACUCGUGGCUUCACUAAUUCUUCUCGAUGAGGGUUUUUGAGUUCGUUAGGGCAAGUCAGCUCUCAAGUUUGCAUAAAGUUGCACUCAGUGAUUUUUUUUCUUAUACUUCCAUAAAGCUGGGGGAUUCAUUUAAAUAAGAAUGGCCCAAAACGAAGCAGCAGAAGCGGCUGAAAUAUUUUAAACACUAAAUCCUACACUUCCCAUAAUGCAACUCAGCAGCAGUAAAGUCAAGUCCUUAAAUAAUCUGAGUUUGAAAGUGCAAUCUUGCAGAAGUCAAGUUUAAGUCAAGCCUUAAAGGAAUAGUUUGACAUUUUAAGGAGAUGAGAAGACUGAUGUCACUCUCAUGCCUGUACAGAAAAUAGGUAGAGCCAGCACCAGGUUAACUUAGCUUAGCAUAAAGACCAAACGAGCACUGUAUCAAGAAGUGGACAUAGCUGUCCUCCAUUGGUUUGUAGAAUACUUAUAUGAAGCCUCAAGUUUGUCACAUUGGCCGUCGCUUUCUUGGUAUUUUUUUCAAGCCAGAAAUAACCAUUUUUGGACGAGAGGCUAGCCCCAGCUACCUUCCUUGGUUAGCAAAAUACACCCAGAAUUCAUGUUAAUUGUGGUAUUAGUUGGCGACUUGUCAAUCACAAAGUAACGAUGCCCCAAAGCAUACCCUGAUUCAUCGUCUAUUUUAUUCUAAAUGGGACCACAAGUUUCUAAAUGAAUAUCAUCGUGUAUUGAAGAAGAUUUGAAACUUGAAUGUUUGCUGAGAUACAAAUCGAGUGAGAAGUAGGGUCAGUUUCUUAUAGAUGGCACCACAAUCUGACUUUUUUUUUUUUAAACCAGUGGAGUCGCCCCCUGCUGGCCGUUAGAAAGACUACAGAUUUAAGCAUUUUUUUAUCUGGAAAUGGGGUGAAACAGCUAGCUGGCUUGAUCCAAAAGUAAGAAAAUCAACCUAAUCUGAGCUAACUGGCUCAUUUUUUUUGGAUAAAGUCCGACUCGGGUCAACAGAUGUGAUGUCAGGAGAAGCUGGGAAUCAAAUCAGAAAACCCGUGAUUACAGGGAAACAUAUUCAACAGCUGACCUGCAUGACUGAGCACUGAAACUGAAUUAAAGGUUUGCAACGGUU